GAAGCCGGGGCCUGAUUAUCAACCAACCAUCCUCCCCAUUGAAACAUAACGAACGACGACCAACCCACCGAAAAUCCCCUCUCCAACCUCACCACCACCAUAGAGUAACGCAGCAUUCAACUCAGCUGCAGAUACUCUUUGGUGAUGACCGCCCUCCUACACUUCAACACGUCGACACCGGGGUCUCCACCGAACGAGAAGCGGACCUUCUCUGGCCUCCCCAUGUCCUCAAGCAAGAGCGACAAGACGGCCGACAAGAACGUCAACGGCAACAGCCACUUUCCGACUAAACUCAAGAACUUCUUUCGCAUCAAUUCGCUGGGGUCUGACAAGACCGAAGGCGUCAAAGAUGCCCCGAAGCAGGAAGGCAAGAGUUUCCGCCAGUCCAAGUUCUUCAGCGGACGCAAUCGAUCAGCGACCGUUGCGAGCGAGGGCCACCCGCUGGACGAUGGCGUCAGCCCCACAGCCCAUGCGAACCCUUACUUUCAACACCAGGGCAUGCCAAACUUCAGACAUCACAAUGAGGGAUCCGUACCGAGUAGUCCGACUGGCACGCCUGCGUUACACAUAAGUGCUGCAUCGGGAGCGAACGAUCAGGCCACAGCUGCGGGGAAAGAGGAGUUGGCGAGGAAAUUGAGGAGGGUUGCCAGUGCGCCGAAUGCGCAGGGACUGUUCUCAAAAGGCAAGGGGAGUGCAGAGAGGCCGAAUACAGCGGAGUUGGGCAAGGAGCCGAUUCACGGACUGGGAAUUGAGGGUAAAUCGGCUGUCAAUCUUGCCGUACCGGGUGCCGAUGAGCUGGGGGAGUUGCAGCCACCAAGGGCUCCGGCUGCUUUCAGGAGGACGUAUAGUUCCAACUCGAUCAAGGUGCGGGAUGUGGAGGUUUCACCGAGCAGUUUCGAUAAAAUCAAAUUGAUUGGGAAAGGAGAUGUGGGGAAGGUUUACCUGGUGAGGGAGAAGAAGAGCUCGAGACUCUAUGCGAUGAAGGUCUUGAGCAAGAAGGAAAUGAUCAAGAGGAAUAAGAUCAAGAGAGCUCUUGCCGAGCAAGAGAUUCUUGCAACGAGCAACCAUCCGUUUAUCGUCACGCUAUACCAUUCUUUCCAGUCCGAGGAUCACUUAUACUUGUGCAUGGAAUAUUGCAGUGGUGGAGAGUUCUUUAGAGCAUUACAGACCCGCCCUGGAAAGUGUAUACCAGAAGAUGAUGCCAGGUUUUAUGCUGCAGAAGUUACAGCUGCGUUGGAGUACCUACAUCUGAUGGGCUUCAUCUACAGAGAUCUGAAGCCAGAAAACAUCUUGCUGCAUCAGUCAGGCCACAUUAUGUUGUCAGAUUUCGAUCUAUCAAAACAGUCGGACCCAGGAGGAAAACCGACUAUGAUUAUUGGCCGUAACGGAACCAACACGAACUCCCUACCGACCAUCGACACGAAAUCCUGCAUCGCGAAUUUCCGAACUAACUCCUUUGUCGGCACCGAAGAGUACAUAGCCCCCGAAGUCAUCAAGGGAUGCGGCCACACCAGCGCCGUCGACUGGUGGACCCUCGGCAUCCUCGUUUACGAGAUGUUAUACGGCACCACGCCCUUCAAGGGCAAGAACCGCAACGCAACCUUCGCCAACAUCCUGCGCGACGACGUCCCCUUCCCUGAAGGGUCCGGAAACCCCCAAAUUUCCAACCUCUGCAAAUCCCUCAUCCGCAAGCUCCUCAUCAAAGACGAGAACCGCCGUCUCGGCGCCCGCGCCGGCGCCUCAGACGUCAAAACCCACCCCUUCUUCCGCACCACGCAAUGGGCUCUUAUCCGUCACAUGAAGCCCCCCAUGAUCCCGCACCAAGGGCGCGCGAUCGACACCGUCAACUUCCGCAACGUCAAGGAAUCCGAGAGCGUCGAUAUCACAGGACGCAAUCAGGAUGCGCUGGGCGCGAAUGGGCUGCCGAAGGGCGUGCCCCUUGAUUCCGGACUGUCGACGCCGGGCAAGGAUGUCGUGGAUCCGUUUGAGGAGUUUAAUAGCGUUACGCUGCAUCAUGAUGAGGAGGUUGGGCAGCAUGUAGAUUUGAAUAACGGGAGAUAUGAUGGGAGGGACUAGAAACUCGCAUCUUUUGUCUGCUUCGACUAGAUUGCAGUUGUAGGGCCCUUGGACCCUGCUACUACUACUACGAUUAUCCACCGACCUUCUGGGGGUUGCCGCACGCCCUGGGAGCCCUUCCGGAUGACACAGGAGCACAUUUCCAAUGCCUGCCCCCUCACCACCACCACCCAGGGCACCAGCACCCCCUACAUUCACUCCUUUCUCGCGUCAUUUGGCAUCAUUCGAUUUUAUCACCCGGACCGGCGUCUCUCAAUGGAAUUAGACAUCGCGUCGGUCAUUUCUCUCCCUCUCACUCCUUCUCACUCCCUUACAAUUUGUAUUUUGGCGCGCAAAGGCCCGGGCUUGGUUUGGUGAUUUCUUUUUUUUUUGUGUCUUGUUGCAUUAUGGCGUUUUUUUUGUAUUUGUUUUUUUGAGGGGGCGUGGCUUUGGUGGUUUUUUUCGUUGAGGAUUGGGGGGGUUUGUUUGCGCUGUGCGGUUUUCUUGCGCGUGGUUUUUUGGUGGUGC